CAUUUUCCUUUCCCCUUCCCGUCCACCCACCCCUUCAAUCUAAAUCCACUCUAAUUAUUAGAUUUUUAAUUUUAAACACUAUAAUGAUCACAGUUCCCACUACACCCCCCUCCACAAUCAUCACAGUUUUCACUUCUCUCUCUCUCUCCCUCCCUCUCAUGCUCUGUGCACUCACUCACUGCACAGUGAUCAAGUAGUAGGAACAACGAGAGAACCUUAACCAGAAAGCCAGUAAUGGAAGUGGGUAUGUCGAUUUGGGGCUUCUCAGCAAUCUUGGUAGCAAUCCUUCUCAGCCCUCGUUCUCUUGCUCUCACUCAAGAUGGUAUCACAUUGUUGGAAAUCAAAAGCUCUUUGAAUGACAGCGAAAACUCUCUCAGUAACUGGAGAGAUUCUGAUGAAUCUCCAUGCGAAUGGACAGGUGUCUCUUGUUAUCCCAAUGACCAAAGAGUUCGUUCUAUAAACUUGCCUUAUAUGCAAUUUGAAGGGUUUAUUUCUCCAAGCAUUGGUAAACUCAGUAGAUUACAGAGACUGGCACUUCACCAGAACAGCUUACAUGGUUUUAUUCCUAAUGAAAUUGCCAAUUGUACUGAACUCAGAGCCUUAUACUUGAGGUCUAAUUAUCUCCAAGGGGGUAUACCAUCAGCUAUUGGAAAUCUUUCUUUCCUCACCAUAAUGGAUUUAUCAAGCAAUUCACUAAAGGGUGCCAUACCUUCCUCUCUUGGCCGUCUUACACGUCUCCGCUCGCUGAAUUUAUCUACGAACUUUCUUUCUGGUGAAAUCCCAGAUGUUGGAGUCCUAAGCACCUUUGGAGACAAGUCGUUUACUGGCAACUUAGAUCUUUGUGGCCAACAAGUGCACAAGCCAUGUCGAACCUCUCUAGGAUUCCCUGCUGUGCUACCCCAUGCCGAAAGUGAUGAAGCUGCAGUACCUAAGAAGCGAUCCUCCCAUUAUAUCAAAGGAGUGCUCAUUGGUGCAAUGUCCACAAUGGCUCUUGCACUUAUCACGCUCCUUAUUUUCCUCUGGAUUUGGUUGCUCUCAAAGAAGGAAAGAGCUGCUAAAAAAUACACUGAAGUCAAGAAACAAGUUCGUCAAGAAACAAGUACCAAGUUGAUUACUUUCCAUGGUGAUCUUCCAUAUCCUUCAUCUGAAAUCAUAGAAAAGCUCGAGUCUCUUGAUGAGGAGGAUGUUGUGGGGUCAGGAGGAUUUGGUACUGUGUAUAGGAUGGUCAUGAAUGAUUGUGGUACAUUUGCUGUUAAAAGGAUUGACCGUAGUCGUGAAGGUUCUGACAAAGUAUUUGAGAGGGAGUUGGAGAUCUUGGGUAGCAUAAAACAUAUAAAUCUAGUCAACCUGAGAGGCUAUUGCAGGCUCCCUACUUCCAAGCUUCUUAUCUAUGAUUAUGUGGCCAUGGGCAGCUUAGAUGAUUUCUUGCACGAACAUGGGGAAGAAGAAAAACCUUUGAUAUGGAAUGCUCGUUUAAGGAUAGCCCUUGGUGCUGCUCGGGGAGUGGCAUAUUUACACCAUGACUGCAGUCCAAGGAUAGUCCAUCGCGAUAUAAAAUCCAGCAACAUACUACUUGAUGAAAACCUAGAGCCUCAUGUUUCAGAUUUUGGCCUUGCAAAGCUUUUGGUUGAUGAGGAUGCUCAUGUCACAACUGUGGUUGCUGGUACUUUUGGCUAUUUGGCUCCAGAGUACCUACAAAGUGGAGUAGCCACUGAGAAGACAGAUGUGUAUAGCUUUGGAGUCCUCUUGUUAGAGCUUGUAACUGGAAAGAGGCCUACUGAUCCUUGUUUUGUAAAAAGGGGCUUAAAUGUUGUUGGCUGGUUGAACACACUACUGAAGGAGAACCGAAUGGAAGACGUAGUAGAUAAAAGGUGCACUGAUGCAGACGCAGAAACAGUCGAAGCAGUUCUAGAAAUAGCUGCGAGGUGCACCAAUGCGAAUCCAGAUGACCGGCCAUCAAUGGAUCAAGUGUUGCAGUUGUUAGAGCAAGAGGUCAUGUCUCCGUGCCCAAGCGACUUCUACGAGUCUCAUUCAGAUUAUUGUUGAGUUACAUGAGCAUCUGGGAACAUGGCUCCUACCAUUCUUCUCUGCUGUGUAUUGGGGGUGUUAUGAAUGCCCCUUCUUUUGGGGACUGUAAAUUCUUAUGCUUCUGCAAAUGAUGAUUGAUUAUUAUUAUGCACUUAAGGCUGAAUGAAUGCUUCAGGUAAAUUUUCCUUUUCUUUUUGUCUUAAACUUCCUUUGAUGCAAGUAAUGCAGAAAAUAUAUAUCCUUAUUUGUUGUUGGCUUUUUGAACUUUUUUUAUUUUAUUUGAUUCUUCAGG